AUGGUCGAAGCAAGCAGCACUCGGCAACAGCCGGGGCUUGCCUGCGAGGAAUGCCGUAAGCGAAAGGCAAGAUGCGAUAGGGGACGACCUCAAUGCGGGGCCUGCGCUGAUGCAGGUAGAGACUGUGUCAUUGUAGACAAGAGGUCUCAGCGAGGCCCAAAGAAGGGCCAGCUGAAGGACUUGCGUUCAAGAAUUGGUGAGUGUGAACUCUCUGAUACAACCACAAAGACAGCCAGGACCCAGAAUUUCAUUGCAAAUUCAAGCAAGCAUACACCUAUUCUCACCUUACUCAAGGCCACUCCCAUUGAUUUGUUUACAAUAGCGGCACUAGAGCAGCGAUUGAUCGACCAAACCAACAUCCUUGAACCCGAUAUUCUUCAAUUGGGUUAUUCUGAAGUCACUCCAGAACAGGAAACGCCAGAGGAAUCAGGCUCGAAUGGGAGUAGCGAGAUGGGAAUCGAGGCCGACCCUUUCCAAAUCCUAGACUUCACUUCUGCGAGUGGAUUACCAGACUUAUCCGAAUUCGCAACCUUAUCUAGUUGUUUUGGUAAAGCAUGGUCGUGUGAACUUGGGUCCGAAGCCUCGCGCAACAUCACGCCGAAUAUCUCGUUGACCCCAGUGGCACCGAUCGAGCCAAUCCAAGUGACCUCGAGACUGGUCCCUGGGCUUAGUGAUGAAGGCUUGGGUAUAUCAGACCUUCUGAGAGCCGAGUUAGAUCUAUUGUACUUCGAGAGAGUGCAUCCAAUUGUACCCAUGAUACACAAACGACGGUACUUCACAUGGGCAGCCGACGGCAGCCUCUCUCCUGCAAGAUACUGCUUACAAUUAGCAAUGAGAACUAUGGCUGCGGCCAUGUCCUCCCAGUUUCGUGGGCUAGGAGAUGCUUUAUGUGCCAAAACCCGCCGAAUGCUCGAGAUGCAGGAUUCUCAUGGUGAAGUUGGUCUACCCUGGGCGACGAGCAUGAGAAGUCAACGGCAUAAGAUAGAGCAUGAGCGCAUACAGGCAUGGCUCUUACUUGCCCACUACGAGUUCCUGCGAAAACCUGAACAACAGGCUCUUCUCACGGCUGGACGAGCUUUUCGACUGCUACAGAUGUCCCGCCUAUUUGAUGUUGAUUCUCAAGAUAUGGACAGCCAGACAGUAUCGGAUGAGGGCUGGAUAGAAACUGAAGAGAAGAGAAGAACGAUCUGGAUCGCCUUCAUAUUGGAUCGACUCUCUUGCAUGCUCAAGGAUCGGCCAUGGAUGCUCCACGAAGAAACAAUUUGUGCCCGACUUCCUAUGCCUGAGGAAGAAUUUCAAGACGGGUGUCAGGUCAGUCAAAUGGGAUUUCUCUCCGAGUUAGGGAGAAAUAAUGAUGAAAGCAUGAUCCUCCAUCCCUUUGCGGAGUGGGUUGUUCUGGCCAACUUUUUCGGCCGAUGCAUCACACAUCGAAGACUCGCUCAGGCUGUCCCUCUGUCUGGCUCAGAACUGGAAUCCAAAGACUUUUGGAAACGGCAUGACUGGCUUGCGGCCGCGACUAGAUCACGAACUCAUGCUUACACUAUGGCUCUUGAAGCGAGAACCACGCCGCGAAAGUGUGACCCAAUGUCAUGUUAUAAUAAAAUCCUGGCCUACAGUGCAUCUGUAUGCCUCAGCCAUACUGCUGAGUCAAAUGCGUGGCAGACCCUCGAUGGACAAUUGAGGACCAUGAGACAUAGGCAGGUCGCUUAUGAGGCAGCCAGUGAAAUCGUAUCCCUUAUCAAAUGCGCACCCCGGAUGUUCUUUUUCAAGAUGCAUCCCUUCCUGCCAAAUGCAAUAUCCUUGGUCGCCAGCUUCCUCAAUGCAUCGAAGACGGACCCCGGAGCACCUGACGAAGGUAGGCCAGAAGGAGUAAGUUCAUUACUUUGUGCUCUAAGGCACAUGGGUGAGUUCAAUGAUCUGGCAAGAGAGCUACGGGAUAAGUUAGAAGCCGAUGUUGUACAAGGCACCCCGAAUACCAUGGAAUUAACGAGGCAAUGGGCUACCUAG